AUGUCCCCCGAAGAUGAUGACUGCACAUCUUUUGAAGAUGGCAAUUCACCUGAGAGGCGUUCCAGGCUCGCGAUUCGAGAAAAAGCAAACGAUGAAUUUAUGAAAGCGUCAUACGUUGUGGAACUCGGUGUUAAGUUACUAGAGGAAUCAUUUAGGAUUUUAAUACGUUAUAAGGAACAGCACGGGGAACUUCCGUUCGUCCCAUGUAAGUCUACAAUUGUGUGCAUGAAAUCUCAUGCUUUAAGGUCGGAGAAGAAAGAUAUUUGCAUCAUGCCUACUUUGCUGCAAAGUGUGACACUUUUGUUCGCGAUUCAGUUGUUAUCUUUAGUUGUUGGAUUUGAGAAAUCUAAGAACUGUGCUGAGCUUUACAACUCUGAUCAAAGAAUCAGCGGUGUUUAUACAAUCUACCCUGAUGACAAAGCUCCCUUUGAUGUAUAUUGCGACCAGUCGACAGCUGGUGGAGGAUGGACAGUGAUCCAAAAGAGACUGAAUGGCUCCGUUGAUUUUAACCGCACCUGGGAUGACUACAAACAUGGCUUCGGUAAUUUCCUCGUUGGUGAAUAUUGGCUUGGAUUGGAGAAGAUCCGCCGCUUGACUGAGAAUAAGACAGAAAACAGGCUUCGAAUAGUUCUUGGGGUAAACGAUAAGAAGCUACUGGUUUCUAGAAACACUUUGUACGCUGAAUAUGCGUGGCUUAAAAUUGGAGACGAGGAAGCGAAAUACCAGCUGAACCUUGGAAAUCCUACAAGUAAGCCCAAGGCACUGAAUCAACGUUAA